AUCAAUACACCCUCUUUGCACUGUGCAAUUUGAACCCGAGGCCAUGGUCACGUCACGUGAUAUACGGCAGGCCUUUGCAUCUUGCACACGUGUGUACCAACUCCACCAAUCCCAGUAUACAUGAUGCAGGACCAAACCAGAGCAUAGAUGAAAGAGUGCAUGUGCAGUUUUUUGUAGCGGAAAUAAUGCCUCCCCGUAUCCUAACGGUCCGAAGGCAGGCACGAUCCUGUACCCACUUCUUGGCAGCAGCCUCAACUGGUGUCGCACGCGUCAGCGCCAGCAGUCUUUCCCUUUCUAUCUCAGUGAAAGUCCCAGUAUUGGACGCAAUGAAAGGCAGACACUUUAUUGGCCGUGUCUUACACGUCCUCCUUGUUCUCUCGCUCAUCUAUACCCUCCUCCGUUUGCUUUACUGGAGUUUCUCGCGCUUAGCCGACGACGCGCAACAGGGCAACUUCGCACCGCAUCCUGCGAGCGAUGUUGAUAGCGCUGAGCCGGAGAAGCUGAGUCCGCAGAAGAUUGCUGAGUCCCUGAACACGCUCUGGCUAUCUUACGACCUGGACCAUUGCCGCAAUGUAUGCGAGGCGUCGAGAGUCGCUUGCCGAUUGAGAGAUUGCUGGUAUGUGCAGGGUGUCAAGAGUUGGGAUUGAGAGACGUGAAAGAACGAGAUGUGUUAUCGAUACGCACGGCAAACGCCAAUGCGAUGCUGUUAGCGAAACGCGCGUGGACGACGCACGAAGGCGCACGUGGCGAGGAUGCGAUUGAUGGGACUUGUCGCAUUGAGUUAUUGUCGCCUUUGGAAGGAACUCUUGGAGAGCGAUUUUGAGGAGUCCGAUCGAAUUCCUUGUCCUGCUCUGCGGUCCGCCUGAAGGCACUCGGAUGUGGU